CCCCAACGUUCCCUGCGGACUUCCCCAUAAAAGCACUCUCCUUUAUAAACACAUCCAAUUCAAUACUCCCUUUUUACACUCAUUUCAAUGGCGUCUGCAAGUUUCGUAAAGCUACACACAUCUUCUUCACCUUUCAUCGGUCAACGAUCCUUCAAUCAACGCUCCAGAUCUUCCUCUCGCUCACCUGCCGCUCGCGUGUCCGUCAUCCGUGCCGGAUCUUACUCCGAAGAACUUGUUCAAACCGCUAAAACAAUCGCAUCACCUGGUCGCGGUAUCCUCGCAAUCGAUGAAUCAAACGCAACUUGUGGAAAGAGAUUAGCGUCUAUCGGAUUAGACAACACUGAAGCCAACAGACAAGCGUACCGACAACUUCUGUUGACCACACCUGGCUUAGGUCAAUACAUCUCCGGUUCCAUCCUAUUUGAGGAAACUCUAUUUCAGUCAACUACAGAUGGAAAGAAAAUGGUUGACUGCUUGCGUGAACAGAACAUCGUACCCGGAAUCAAAGUUGACAAGGGUUUGGUUCCAUUACCAGGAUCCAACAAUGAAUCUUGGUGCCAAGGGUUAGACGGGUUGGCUUCUAGAUCAGCCGAGUAUUACAAGCAAGGAGCUCGUUUUGCCAAGUGGAGAACUGUUGUCAGCAUCCCAUGUGGUCCUUCUGCUUUGGCUGUGAAAGAAGCUGCUUGGGGACUUGCACGUUACGCUGCUAUUUCUCAGGACAACGGGUUGGUGCCAAUAGUGGAGCCCGAGAUCCUUCUUGACGGGGACCACUCAAUUGACACGACACUCGAAGUCGCUGAAAGAGUUUGGGCCGAGGUUUUCUAUUACCUAGCGGAAAACAAUGUUAUGUUUGAAGGGAUUUUGCUUAAGCCCAGUAUGGUUACACCAGGGGCGGACCACAAGGAAAAGGCUGAUCCCGAAACCAUCGCUAAAUAUACACUCACCAUGCUCAAGAGGCGGGUCCCACCUGCUGUUCCAGGAAUUAUGUUUUUGUCAGGAGGACAAUCUGAAAUGGAAGCUACACUAAACCUACACGCAAUGAAUCAAAGUCCAAACCCGUGGCACGUGUCGUUCUCGUACGCACGUGCACUUCAAAACUCCGUGCUCAAGGCAUGGCAAGGAAGGCCCGAGAAUGUAGAAGCGGGCCAGAAAGCACUAUUGGCCCGUGCAAAAGCAAACUCAUUGGCCCAGCUUGGAAAGUAUUCAGCUGAAGGUGAAAGUGAGGAUGCUAAGAAAGGAAUGUUUGUCAAGGGCUACACUUACUAGUCGAGUUAUGAAAGAAAUUCACUUGUAUCUGUUUUGAUGCCUACUUGUAAUUUUUUAUUUUGUUGAAUAAUGUGGUCUGCGAAGAUUAUGAGAAUACUAAGAAUUGACCGUUGUUGAGUAUGAGGGGUAGCAACCCCAAAAACGAACACUCUAUAUUGAUGCGAAUUGGUUUACCUAUAUAGAUUAACCGCUAUCCUUUUUGUAUCG